AAGAGAUUAGGGUAAAUGGUGAGUCAAAAGGGAUUGAUCGGUUGCUUGCUUCUUAUUGUAGUGGCCUUGUGGAAGGGUGCCACAGCUGAAACCUACACUGUUGGGGAUGAUUUAGGCUGGACUAUUCCUCCAGCUGGCUCUGUUGCCUAUUCCACCUGGGCUAACGCAAAGAGAUUUCAGAUUGGUGAUACAAUAGAAUUCAAAUGGAGCGGGGAACACAGAGUAGCUGAAGUAACACAGGCUGAUUACGAUAGUUGCUCAAAGGACAACCCUCUUGGUUUCUAUGAUUCCAGCCCUACAAGAAUUGUACUGACGUCCAACUUGACCCGUUACUUCAUAUGCACGGAAGAUAGUCACUGCAGUAGAUUAGGGCAGAAGGUGACUAUCAGAAUUGGAGGAGAUUAUUCUUCAUCAGGAGAUAACGAUGAUGAUGAUCAUUGGUGGGAAUGGAACGGCGCUUCUUCUCUCAGCCUUAAUAUUGUUGCCCUAAUCCUCUGCACUGCACUAGUCAUCUCCUUCCUUAGCUUUAACUAAAUGUACUUACUUCAUUUACAAUUCAUGUUAUGCUGUUUCUGCAGAUUAUGUUUAUUGAUAUUGUUUUCUUUUGGAAAUGUUGAUUGAGGUUUUAUCUUAAAAUUUGGCAAUAUAAAAAGUAGUUCAAUUCCCUUGCA